AUGAGUAAAACAUCAGUCAAUAAUGAAAAUGAAUUUCUUUAAUAAGAUAACGCUCCUUCUGUUAAAGGAUUAAAUGGAAGUUCAAAAAAGCUGCAUAAUCAUUUAUAUUAAUCUGCUUAAUUUGAUUCUAUAUCUUCAACACAGAUGAAUAGGAGUACUAUUGUGAGUUCAACCUCUUAAACUCAUAUUUCAAAUAAAGCCUUUUAAGAAAGAUUAAAUAAAAGUGGAAUUUAUAUCAAGAAUGGAACUUUAGUUAAUAUUAAUGAUAUAGAAUUAGAUGGAUAGCAAAAUAUAGAAAAGGAUGUAAAAAUAAGAGAUCUAGAAGAAAAAGAAACUUUGCUCAAGAAGUAGCUUAGAGAAGUUCAAGCAAAAUUAGAAAAAGAUUUAGCCAUUUUAAAUUAGAAAUUAGAAUUUGCUGAGUUCGAACUAAAAGAAGCAAAGCAAAAAAUAAAAGAUAAUGAUGAAUUCUUUCGUCUUUUUGAAAUAAAUGAUUUAAGAUACUAAUAGCAUCCUAUAUAUAAAUAAAAAUUUGCAUAGCUAAAUGAAAUGCACAAUCAAGAAAUUGCUAUUAAGCAAAGAGAAAUAGAAAAUCUAAGAUCCCUUUUGCGCUAAUAUAAUGAACCUACACUACAGAGCAAUGAGUCCUUUAAUUCUAUGGUAUUUUCAUAAAAAAAGUAGUUGAAAACUAAUGUUAAUGCUUCAGCUUCAAAAGAUUGUUAAUUUGAGUAUAUUGAAGAGUUAGGAAACGAAAAUAACCAAACUCCUCCUAAAAACAUGCGAAUCAAAGAAGAAAGUGAAGAAGGAGAGGAGUAGGUUAAAAGGAAUCGUAAUCUUAAAGGCAAUUCAAAUUAAAACCAAGAAGUACUUCAAUUGAAUGAGUAAGCAGAAUAAUACUAGAAAAGAAUCAGUUAACUAGAAAGCUAAUUGCAUUAAUAUUAAGAAUAAAUUUUAGAGUAUUAAAAAAAUUAAGUAAUUAUUGAAGACUUAAAAGAUCAAUGCAGUCGUCUUAAAGCUGAAUUAGAAGAAUCUACUAAUGAGUAUAAAAAGAGCAAAUAAAUAACUGAACAAAAAUUUCUUGAUCAAAUUAAGCAAAAAGAUGAAAAAUUAAGUUUCUUGGAAAAAGAGAUUUCAUCUUAAUAAUAAUUAAUUUAAUAAUAAAAUUUAAAGAUUUAAGAAUAUUAGACUCUCUAAGUUAAUAUCGAAAAAAAUUAACAAGAUCAACUAGAGAUAGCUAAAAACCAAUAAGCUAAAUACCUUUAGGAUUAAUAUGAAGCGUUUGUACAAGAAAGAGAAUAAGCCAUUUAGGAGUAUUAUGAGUAAGAAUAUUUGAAUAAAUUAGAAUUCUAUGAGAAGAAGCAUGCUGAAAUAUUGGAAGAAAAUUAGAGAAAUUAUGAAUAGUAGCUGAUUGAAAAAGAAGAAUCUGUUUUAAAUUAGGUGCAAUAAAGGGAGUAGUGCUUAAUCGAAAAUAUGUAAAUGAAGCAAUUAUAAUUCGAAUAGAAAAUAACCUCAUAUGAACUUUAGUUAUAAACAAAAUAAUAAGAAGUUAUAACUUAGAAUCAUGCAUAGUAGGCUUAUGAAUAAAAAAUAUAAGACUAAUAGAAAAUGAUAGACCAACUCUCUGAAAAAAUUGAAAAAUACUCAGAAGAGUAUGAUUAAAUUAAAAAUAACUAUGAAGGAUAAAACGAAAAGCUUGAAAAAAUGACAAAUUAAAAAGUAGAUCUUCAAAGAGAAUGUGAACAGUAACAUAAGUUAAUAAAUUAAUUAGAAUUAGAAAUAUAAUAAUCAACUGAAAAAGUUCAAAAGCAAUACUAGUAAUAAAUAUUUGAUUUAGAAGCUAUCAACUAAACAUAUUAAAUUUAAAUUAAAGAACUUGAGUAAAAAAUUAACAUUUUAAAUAAUAAGACAAGUUCUUAUGAAUAGUUGUAGCCAUGCAACUCUCAAAACACAUCUGAAUCUAAAAAAAAAUCAAAAAAAUAAAAAUUGUAACCAGGAUAAAUUUUAAAUUUAGGAAUUCCUAAAAAUGAUGAUAAAUUGGAAUAGGCAUAGUAAUUAUAAGACGCUGGAUGUGAAGAUGAAACUGAAGAUGAAAAAAAUGCUCAUGGGAAUAAUCAAAAAAAUAUAAGUUCGAGCUAAUUUGUAGAAAUCUAUUCAAAUUCUGAUAAGAGUAAUACAAGCAUCUUUUCACCAACUAGCAUAAGUUACAACCUUGGAAAAGUUAACAACAAUACACAAUAGUAAACUAAGCUUAUAUAGCAACUUCAGAAUCAACUGUAGUAACAGUAGUCACUUUUUAUUAGUGAAUAACAAAAAAUAAAGUAAGAAACAAAUUAACUAUAGACACAUAUAAAAUAACUAGAGUAACUUUUGUUAGAAAAUAGAGAUGCCUAUUACAAAGAAAGAAAUGUUUUAGAAAAUACAAUUUCUAAGCUUAAAAUAGAGAAUUAAACUAUCUAAAACUAAAAGUAAUAAGAAUAGUAAAAUACUGAGAUUAUAGAAACAAAGAAGCAGUUAUAGGAGAUGGCACUUAGAUAUAACUAAUUGGAGGAAAACAAAAAGAGUAUUUAAAGCCGCCUUGAUAAAAUGAUCGAAUAACAAUCAAAGUAAAUAGAAUCGGAAUCUACAAGUAACUAAAUACUGCUUUAAGAGAAGAAUAAUGAAAUUAAUGAAUAUCGUAUUAGAAUUGAAGUUCUUUAAAAUUAACUUAAAGAGUAAGAUAGCCUGAUUAAAAAGACUCAAAACACUAUUUCAAUUUUAGAGAUUGAGAAAAACGAAUUAGUUUAGCAAGUUAAUUUCCUAGAAAACCAAAACUAAUAAGAAUAAGAUUAAAUUACUUAGCAGUAUGAAAGCGAAAUUUAGCAGUUAUCUGACUAAUUGCACAAUUAAAUUUCUGAAUUUGCUGAAGAAAGGCAAAGAUUUUUAGAUACGAUUGAAUCUUUGCAGUAAUCUAUCCAUUUCUAAAAUGAAAAGAACCAAGAACUCAUAGAAUAGUGCUAAUAGAUAGAAUAAGAAGAAAAUAAUUUCGACAUGCAGCAGUAAAUUAUAGUCAACUUAGAAGAAAAAAUAAAGAUGCAAUAGAACUGCUUAGAAGAAAGAGAAAGUUUAUUUUCUUAGCAGAUGCAAAAAAAAGAAAAAAAUAUUUCAGAUUUAUUGAAUUAAAUUCAUAUACUUGAAAUGAAUAGAAAAGAAAUGAUGGAACAGAUAGAAAUAGAAUAAGAAAAAUUCUUAGAAUAAAUUUAAAAUUAAAGACAAAGUUAAAUUUCAUAGAGCUAAAGCGAUUAGUUAACCCAAAAGUAAAUUAUUUUAGCUUUAUAGUAAGAAAGAGAAUAUCUAUAAAAAAAAAUUGAAAUACUUGAAUCUUAAAAAGAAUCACUAAAAAAUGAGUUGGUUGAGGCUAAUUAAAAGCUUGAUAGCUCUUAAAAUUAAAAUGAAAAUGUAAAAAAUGCUUCACCUGCUAAGAAUUUUGGUUUUGUUUCAUUUAAGGGUGGGUCAAAUUAUGCCUCCUUUGCACUUUAAUAAUAGUAGUAGUAAUAAUAAGGAGGUGCAAAUAUAUCUCCUAGCACUUAAAAUUAGCAUAGAAAAGGAAACAGCUUACAUUAGUUAAAUAUUUGUAGUAAUAACUAACUAUGCAAUGCUAGCCAAUCUCAAAUUAUUUAAUAAGGAUGCUCAUCAAGCAAUAACUUAAACAAUCUUUAAUAUGAUAAUGGAUAGUACUUGAACACAAGCUAGUUUGGAGGAUUUUAAUCUACUUCUAACUACAUGUCUAAUAGUGUAGUUGGCCAUAAUGGUCUUUCAUAAUAGUAAUAAUAAAUAGCACACAUACAAAUCAACUAGAAUGGUAUUGUUCCUACAUCAAACUCUAUGGCAUAAAGUAGCAUUUUUAGCUGUGGCUAAAGUUUUAUAUAAAAUAACAACCAUAUUAUUUUUGGAAGCGUAAACCAUAGCAGCUUAUAUGGGUUAUCAUAAGCACAGAUGCUGGAGAUAAUUGAAAGGGCAUACAUGGAAAGACUGUAAUAGCAGUAAGUUUACUAUGAAUAGAAAAUUAGAAAAGAAAGAGAUGAAAAUACCAAGCGAUCAAAAGAGCCUACAUUGAUUGCAGAAAAAAAGAAACUCUAGAUUGAAAAUGAAAAAUUAACAAAAGAAGUGAGUUAGCUAAGAGCUCACAAACAGCUUGACGAUGAAUUCAAUUAAAUAAGAGGACAUUAACAAUAAAUUCUUGAAGAUACAGCAAAACUAUGCUUAGAAAAAUCACGCAGCAAAAAUAGACCUACAAAAGAAAAUAUAUCUAAGACAGAGUUUGAAAAACCUAAAACAAAGACAACUACCAGUUAGAGCAAAUGCUUUGAUUUGAGCUUAAAUAAAUAAAAUUAAGAAGACACUAUCAACUCAAGUUAUUUAUCUAUAGGCAAGUCUAAAGAAACAACAAACAGUUUUGGUUCAAAUCAAAUUUUAACUGAAGGAGAUUAUAAGAAAAAUAAGUCUUCUUUAAAUUAAACUUUGCAGUCAAUAUAAUCAGGAAUUCAAUAAAUAGGAUCAAUCAACAACUAAUAAAAGUUAACUAGUCUCCCAUCAAAAUAAAAUACUGAAGCUGGUACAAUUACAAGUAUCUAGCGUCAUUAAAGAGGAAAAAAUUCAAUUUCAAGCUAAAAUUCUUAAAAUUAAGUGACAAAUUCUUCAAUUAAUAACUAAAAUAUAUCUCCUAAUUAAGCAAAUUUAGCAUCUAUUACCUCAUCAUAAGCAUCUAAUAGUAGUUCAAAGUAAUCAUCAUUGCAACAAUCUUUAUUGUUAAGCUAGUAAAAUCCUAAAUCUCCUCUUUAACAGAGUAUUUACGCUUCAGCAAACAAUAACUUCACAAAAGCCUAUGGAUCUAAAGAGAGUACUUUAAUUAGCAUAAAUAGUAACAGUGAAAUUUAUAGAUCUAACAUAUUUAGUUCAAAUAAUAAUUCUAAUUUACUCCUCAAAAAUAGCAAUAUAAGCGACAGUCUUGCUAAAAAUAUAUCUAACCUUAGUAGCUAUUAAGUAAAUGCUAAAUUAGUUUAAUCCCCCACUAAUAUCUUAUCUGCACAGCCAAAUAGGGAUUUAACUCCAACAACUAUUUUAAAGAAAUCUUAUAUUAACUUUGAUGAUAAUAAUACUUCAUAACUGUCUUCUUUUAAUGUGGGCUCUUCUAGUAACAGUCAGCUUAAUCAAAGGGUAAAAAGAAGUAUUACUGAAUAAAAAUUGCUUAAUUUCUCAAAGCUAAAUCUAACCAAUCAAAAAUAUUGA